CGCAUCUGUAGGAGCGGAGGAGAGGGAGGAAGGGGACAGCCGAACAGGUCAAGAUGAGAUCGGCGGAAGCAGCAGCGCACGAACACGGGCUGGGAUGGGAAGAGACAAGCAAGAGGACCCCGUCAAGAGAGGCCGAGGAUGAGAGAGACGGCUCCGGAGCACUGCUGCGUCGCUCCAACAUGGAGGCGCAGUGACAGCAGCGCACGUUAGAGGAGAACAUUUCAUUGUAGCCUUGCAGCAUCAUCACCCCCAUCAUCCUCCGUCCAGAGCUGAGCGGGGAGGAGAGGAGACAUGGGCUCCCACGUUGUGCAGACCCUGCGCCAGGGAGUGUGGGCAUCUCUGACCGGCGGCUGGUACCACGACCCGGACCAGAACAAAUUCAACAACUCCUGCCACCUAUAUCUGUGGAUAUUUCUCCUGAUGCUCCCCUUGUCCCUGCAUCUGGCCCUGCCUCCCACCACCAUGGCUCUGAGCAUCUACUGCACCUCCAUCACCGUCUUCUUCGUCCUCAUCAAGCUGGCCAACUACCGGCUGCACCUGAUGUUCGACGAGGGUGAGGCGGUGGUCCGCAGCAGCCUCUCGGACCUCAGCAAGGCCCAGGAGAAGAAGAGCAACGCCUCGGACUCGUGCCAGCCUCCCAGCCUCAGAAAGAGCAGCACGCUCCCCGACAACGUUGCCAUGACGACGCUGGCCCGCAAACGCCCCAGCCCGGUGAUCCAGGUGACGGUGAAGCAGACGGAAACCGACCCGGGACUGAUUGGGGUGGACUGCUCAAAGUCAGAUGAGGGGAAAUCUGCAGAAGGUAACGGUGAGGCUGCUGCAGAGGAGCCCGCCGUGGAGGGAGGCCUCCAGCCGCACCCUGAGCUCUCCCCUGAUGACCUCUCCAGCCCCAACGCGGAGCAGGACGCCCCGCUGCUGCAGGCCCAGCAGAGGUCCCCGUCACGAACCGCCAGGGAAGAAGCGGAGGCGACUGAACCCGCAGUAGAAGAAGGCGGCGACGGUCAGAAAGCUUUGACGGCCAAAGGGGGAGAUCGGUCCGAGGAGGAGAGUCCUCCGGAGAAAGCCUUAGAGCAGGACAGAAGAGAGGAAGAGGAGUGUGAGGAUAAAGAGGCAGCAGAUAGGGAGGCGCUGGAUGAGGGGUUUCCUUCGUCGAAGGGAAGUGAGGAUGAGAGCGAGGAGGGCAGCGAGGGCCUUAAAGAGAACUCGGACGCCAACAACAACUCACUGGAGACUCCAAAGGAUGACCAGGACGAGUUCAUAGACAUGCCAGAAUCUCCUGUACAGGCAGAGCUAGAAGAAGAGGAAGAGGAGGAGGAGGAGGAGGCUUACUGCUCUGAUGAGAUCGAGGUGGUUCUGGUUGACAACUCCAGCCCCGGUCCAGGGUCGGCCCAUCUGGACGACAGCGACACGGUGAAGAUCAUCAUCACCAUGAGCUGUGACCCUCAGACGGCCGCUCAGUUGGAAGAGAGCGUCAAGCAGAGCCUGCUGGAGAAUGCACAGGCUCAGAAGGAUGCUGGAGAGUGUCGCAUCAAGAUCCCUGUCAUCACCUUCGAUUCCCCAGACGAGGAGUGGCAGCAGGAGCAGAUGGAGGGAGAGGAGGGGACUGGCUCGGAGGAUGACCCCGCACCCAGACAGCAGCAGCAGCAGCAGCAGCAGAUCAGGAGCCAAAGCGAAGAGUUUCACUUAUGUAGAGAAACGAUCAGUUCUGAGUCCAACACGCUGGAGGGUCCGGAUCUGGAGCGGGAGCAGCGUGGGCAGCGGAUGAACGAGGACAGCUCGCCGAGCCCACAGCUGACAAACGACAACAGCUCGUCGGGCAUUGACAUCCACUCCCACCCUGAUGACACAGACCCUCUGGAGCCCAUUGUGGACUCACAGGGGUUCCUGCGUCUGCCUCCCAUGGUCCGCCGUUACGGGCCCGGCGGGAGGACCCACAUCCGAGGUCUGAGCAUGGACAGCGGGAAGGACGCCGUCCUCCUUUCAGACCGCUCUCACAACACAACCACAAUGACCAGCUCCAAGUCCGACCUGGAGGCAAAGGAAGGCCAGAUGCCCAAUGAGUCCAACUUCUUGGAGUUUGUUUCCUUGUUAGGUUCCCUCAGUAUGAAAGGGGGAGGGGGGAGCACCCAGGAAGAGGAGGACAAGGAGAGCACACAGAAAGCGGACCCUGACGAAGAAGAAAAUCAGAGUGCAACUCCCAAGCAAGAUCCAGCAACAACAACGGAUACCAGCACGGAGAACAAAUCAGAGCGGCCCGACCCACCCACCAGUCUCCCAACGAACCCACCACAAGCUGUAAAACCCACGCACAUCCCGAUAGUCUCUCCUGACAGCCCGCAGACGGACAGGGAGAAGGACCCGGACUACGACUCCCUCCCAUCUCAGACCUCUCAGUCGGAGAGCUCCAUGCUGCAGGUCAUCUGCAGGCCUGAGGCUACCAAUAAAGAGGAGGCCUACACCUUCCACACUGUGCACAGAGACAGACCCAGGAAGCUGUAUGCAGAGAGGGCCCUCAACCUGCCGCUGGGAGCCGAGCUCAUUACAGGCAACAUGUGUGACCUGCUAUCGACUUCCUCCAACUCAGAGUGUCAGGACGGUGCGGCGGGCGGUCACGCAGACUGCCCUUUCCAGCGACGCAUCAUUCCCGCUCACCGACUGAGGCCACGGAGGACGCACCCAGAGAUCUUUCCGGAAGAGGACUCCUUGGACGAGUCUUCAGAGACGUCCACGCAGGAGAAGCCAACCAGGAAGGUUUAUUAUAAACUCCAGCUGUUUCCAGGGAAGUGGGUCAGCGUUUUGUACGAUCGCCUGACCCUGCUUGCACUUUUGGACAGAAACCAGGAUUUCCUGGAGAAUCUCGCAGCAGUCUUCAUGGCCUUCCUGGUUUCCUUUCUGGGGUUUGUGCUUCUCAACCAUGGAUGUUUCAAAGAUUUCUGGGUCUUCCAGUUCUGCCUGGUCAUCGCCAGCUGCCAGUAUUCUCUGCUGAAGAGUGUUCAGCCAGAUGCUGCGUCACCAACACACGGUCACAACCAGCUGGUGGCCUACAGCCGAGCGGCCUACUUCUGUGUUUUCUGUGCUCUGAUUUGGCUGCUGGAGCAGCUGCUGAGGAGGAAGGACCUGCCCGUCUCCACCCUGUACGGGGUCACCAUCAUCUGCUACGACGUUCUGAGCUUUGUCCGGGACGUCCUCGUCGGUUUUACCUACUGCUUCCCAUUCGCCUUCCUGGUGGGCCUUUUCCCUCAGAUCAACACAUUCACCAUUUACCUGCUGGAGCAGAUUGACAUGCACUUCUUUGGUGGAACAGCUGCCACGAGUCUCAUCUCAGCGAUCUACAGCAUCCUCCGCAGUCUGGCCGCUCUCUCCUUGCUGUACGGUUUCUGUUUUGGAGCUCUCAAGGAGCCGUGGGAUGAACAGCACACCCCCGCCCUGUUCUCUGGUUUCUGUGGCCUUUUGGUCGUGUUCUCCUAUCACCUCAGUCGACAGAGCAGUGACCCCUCCGUGCUGUUAUCUCUUAUCAAGUCAAAAUUGAUGCCCGCGCUUGUGGAGAGCGAGGAGGAGGAGGAGGAGGAGAAGGAGGAAGACGGCGACAUCAAAGACCCGCUGCCUGAGAAGCUGCAGAGCUCCAUGAAGGAGAUUCUCUUAUCGGAUCUGGUGGUUUGCUCCGUGGCCUACAUCCUAACCUUCGCCAUCACAGCCAGCACCGUGUUCCUCUCCCUGAAGCCCUUUGUAACCAUCGUGCUGUACGCUCUGGCGGGGACGGUCGGGUUCGUGACCCACUACCUGAUCCCUCAGCUGAGGAAGCAUCACCCUUGGUUGUGGAUCUCUCAUCCGGUUCUCAAGACCAGGGAGUACUACCAGUUUGAGCCCAGAGAGGAUGCUGUGCUCAUGUGGUUUGAGCGUCUAUACGUGGGACUCCUGUGCUUUGAGAAGUACCUGGUCUACCCUGCCAUCGUGCUGAGCGCCCUCACUAAUGAUGGCUUUGCCCUCAGUCACCGCAAGAAGCUGGGAAUCCACUGCGACGUUCUCCUGACAACAGUCGCCGGACUGAAACUCCUGCGUUCGUCCUUCUGCAAUCCCAGCUUCCAGUUCCUCACGCUUCUUUUCACCCUCAUUUUUUUCCACUUUGACUGUCCGCACGCCUCUGAGAGCUUCCUGCUGGACUUCUUCAUCAUGUCGAUUGUCUUCCACAAGUUGCCACCUCGACCUGCUGGUGCAUUGGUGGUCCUCGGUGUCCGGGCCCGGGUUUGUGCUGACUCAUUCCUGGCAGCUGCGUCACGGGGCCUGUGCCCCAUGGCUCUGUCGGGGCCCUGCCGGGGUUCGGGGGGCGGCGUGCCCCUGGGCCUUGGGACCCUGGGGUCCAUGGCUGGAUCCGCAUAG